AUGGCAACCCCUAAUCCACCCCCAAACUCCAAUUCCGCCCCCGAAAUCACUUACUGCUCCAACAACCCCACCUACCACAACAACAAAGAUGCCGCAUACAUUCUUCCCAACGACCAAGUCGAACACGCCCGACUAGAAGAACAAGCUCGCCACCUCCUCGCCAUCAUGAACAAUGAAAUCAUCCACUCUCCCAUCCCCACCAGCAUCGGCCCGGGAGCCAAAAUGCUCGAUGUAGGCUGCGGAACCGGCAUCGCCACGGAUUUCAUCGGCUCGAAAUUCCCUCUUGCAGAAGUCUAUGGGUUGGAUAUUUCUCCUGUGCCAAUUCAUGUCCGCGCCAAUCGACCGUCGAAUGUGAGAUUUCUGACAGGGAAUUUCAUGGUGGAUGAACCGGGGGAAUGGUAUUCUUCUGUUGUUGUACAAGGGAACGAGAACGAAGAAGAAACAUAUUUCCCUCUUUCAAGAACUUCUUGUUGUUCUUCUUCUUCUUCUUCUUCUUUCGAUCUCAUCUUCUCUCGUUUCCUAGUCUGCGGAAUGACCCACUGGCCGCAAUACAUUUCCCGCAUACACCACCUCCUCAAACCCGGCACCGGCUACAUUGAACUGCAAGAUUUAGAUUUCACGUGGUAUAACAAAAACCACCAACCAAUUUCUCACACCUGGAAAUGGCUACAAGCCGUCAAAACCGCCGCACUCGAAAACGGAAUGGAUUGGUCGUGUGCUAGCAAAUUCCCGCAAUGGUUGGCGGAUGCCGGGUUUCAAGAUGUCGUGGUGAAGAAGUAUAAAUGCCCUCAUGGAAGUGUGGGGUUGGAAGGGGGAGGUGAAGAGAAUCAAAAGUGGAGGGCUUGGGGGGAAUUUAUUGCGAAGCAACAGGCGGGGUUGGUGUGGUAUUUUCUUCCGAGGAUGUUGGCGUCGAAGGGGUAUAGUGAGGAGGAAAUUGAGGGGUUUAGAAAGGAGGCGAUGAAGUGUUUUGAGGUUACUGAGGAGAAGUAUUGGGUGAUGAGUGUGGUUGUUGGGAGGAAGGGCUGGUAA